AUGGUGACUGUAGUGACAAGUGAAGUGAUGGAGGAUGGUGAUGGUAGUAGUAAUGUCGGUGGUCAUAACGAUGGUGAUGGUGACGAUAAUGAUGGUUGUGACAUUAACGUUGAUAGUAGUGGUGGUAAUGUUAGUAAUAAUAGUGGUGAUAGUGACAGCGGCAGCAACAAUGACAAUGGUCGUUGUAGUGGUGAUAAUGACGAUGCUAUGAGCGGUGUGAUAGUAAUGGUGAUGGUGAAGAUAGUGGUGAUAGUGGUGGCAGCGACAACAAUGACAAUGGUCGUUGUAGUGGUGACAAUGACGAUGCUAUGA